AUGGCCUCAGGAAACCUAGUGGAUCUGUCCAAGAUCAGUGAGUUCGUGGAUUCGAACGAGUGUGAUAGAGGUGGCGAGGUUGAUCUUGGCGUGAGUGUGGCUGAGAGAUCUGACUCUAUUGGUGAUGACAGUAAUGGCCAAGCAGAAGGUGUAACUGUCGAGAGUAACAUAGUCGAUGUCGUGGAAUCAAAAGAAGAAGAAGAAGAAAGCACAGAAGAAGACGUAGAAGGAGAAGAAGACGAAGAAAAAGGAGAAGAAGAAGACGAAGAAGACACAGAAGAAGACGUAGAAGGAGAAGAAGACAAAGACGAAGAAGAAGAAGGAGAAGAAGACGAAGAAAAAGGAGAAGAAGAAGAAGAUGAAGAAGACACGGAAGAAGACGUAGGAGGAGAAGAAGACGAAGACGAAGAAAAAGAAGGAGAAGAAGACGAAGAAAAAGGAGAAGAAGAAGAAGAUGAAGAAGACACGGAAGAAGACGUAGGAGGAGAAGAAGACGAAGACGAAGAAGAAGAAGGAGAAGAAGACGAAGAAGAAGAAAGAGAAGAAGACGGAGAAGAAGACGAAGAAGAAGAAGGUAGAGAAGACGAAGAAGAAGAAGACGAAGAAGAGGAAGAAGAAGGCACAGAAGAAGACGUAGAAAGAGAAAAAGACGAAGGAGAAGAAGGAGAAGAAGACGAAGAAGAAGUUACUCAGCAGAUACAGUUUAUUAACGAACCAUCAAACAUCCCCAUUGAAACCGAUCUCCAAUUGCCCACCCGAAAUUCAUCUUGA